CAAUAAAGAGUUGGGGAAAUGGAGAGAUGCCCUCACAAAAGCGAUGAAUAACCAUGCAAGCGGGGAAAAUCUCAGCGAUGAGAUUGUGCAAGCUCAAAUGUGGUAUGGUGCUACUGGACAAGGGAAAAAAAAUUUCAACCAUACCCAAUGUUGGGAGGUGGUGAAGCAUUGUAAGAGAUUUAGCAUUAUUCCAAUGGCUCCAACUUUGGUGUUAAACGAGACGCCACUCCAUGAUUCACAAGCUUCGGAUUCGCCUAUGGAAUCCCCUAUGAGUGAAGACUCACCCAUUGAAAAGGAGCUGAGGCCUAUUGGGAGGAAGGCGGCGAAGGCAAAGAGAGGAUGCAAUUCUACGAGUAAUACCUCUAAAUUUUUGGAGGAAAUUACAAGGCAAAGCGCCUUGAGAAUUGAAAUAGACAAGAAAGUCCAAGAAGAUGAUAGGGCAAUGGCAAUAGAAUUUGCUAAAGAAAAGGAGUAUGUACGCAAAGAAAUGGAGUAUCAACGCAAAGAAAAUGAAGAAAAGAAGGAUCGGGAAAACAUGGCCAUGGAUACAACCAAACGGAUUGGUUAA